AUUCAUUCAGUGACAUUUAAAUAUUAACGAUGGUUUUCGUUUUCCGGAGACAUUCGACUUUUGUUGCUUCAAUGUGGUAUUUUGUCACAGUAUUUUGGAUCGGUUUACCAAACAGCACGGGGUUCAAGUUUUAAUACCUAGAUGAACGUGCAUGCACUUCAUGUAUUAUAGGACAAAUCCGCAGCAACAAUGAGGCCGGGCAUUCCAAAAGACAGUGGCUGGUCGUGGAUGGUGCUACUUGCGACUACUAUCGAGAUGACGCUGGUGGUGGGUACACAGAAGUCAGCAGGGAUUUUGUUUGUCGCAUUCCAGGAUCGUUUCCAGUCUUCUUCAGCAAUGACUUCAUCAUUGUCUACUACUCAACACUUCAUCUACUGCUUCAGUGCUGUAUUUGUCAUGACAGUUGGUGUGAAGCUCGUAUCGUGUCGGACUCUUGUCACAGCUGGAAGUAUCAUUAAUUGUCUUGCAUACAUAGUAACAUCACAGGCCACAGACAUCAAGAUACUGUUGGUAUCAUAUGGAGUCCUGCAUGGUAUUGGCAACGCUCUUGUUCUGGGACCUUCCGUGUCAAUGGUUGGGUAUUAUUUUGAAAAGAGGAGAGGCUUUGCUAACAGUAUAUCCAUCAGUGGAGCGUCAAUAGGGGGCCUGGUUUUUGCUCCGAUUCUUACCCAAUUGUUUGGUUACUAUGGAUACAGAGGAUGUCUUUUGAUCCUGGCAGGAUUUAUGUUGAACGGAUGUAUAGGUGGAGUACUUAUGAGACCCACGUAUUACUACGAAAAUAAAAGAGGAAAUCUUUUGUCAGAAGUUGACGAAGAACAAAACACGGAUAGAAGAAAUACAUUAAACAACGAUUCACCUGCCGUGUCUAAUAAAUCAAUUGAGGAAAAUUUGAGUGGGAAUGACAUCAAAUCAAAAAUCAAUGAAAAUAAACAAACUAUUGCGAAAGGUAUUGUGCCAUACAAACACGAGAUUAAAUUAGGGAUACAAUCAGAGGAAUGGUAUCGCGAUCGUAGUUAUAGUGAUUCUGUUUUCAAAAAACCCUCAGUGAAACGUGGUUUAAAGUCAGGAGAUGAACAAGGAAUAUCCAAUUGUAAUGCGGUUAGCCAAUCGAAUCCUCAGCUGUCUCAUUCCGACAACAUUAUUUGGGAGAAGGGAAUACUGUCGGGAAAGAUGCUUAUUCUGUCUACAGGCGACAUGUUCGGCUCUUUCGUACGAAUAGAUGACGCGACAGAUACAGCUUCUAGUGAUAUCUCCAUUGCAAAUAAAAGAAAUAUGUGUUCUAUCUUUUUAGAUAUGUUUGACACAGAUGUGUUAAAGAUGCCUUCAUUUAUAUGUUUUGAGAUAGCCGCAGUUAUGCUGUGCCCAGCGACGAUUAUUUCAACAAUUUUUAUUGCACCCUACGCCAAGGAGAAGUCGCUCAGUGCCAUUGAAGUUGCAAAUCUAGUCACCGUCGUAAGUUCUGUUGACUUAGUAUCCAGAAUAUUUGUGGCGUUCAUAUCUGACAGAAACUGGAUACGAAGAUCGUCAAUGAUCGGAAUAGCGUCACUAGUUAUAGGAGUUUCAGCUUUCCUGCUGCAAUUCUUCCAAACCUACGAAUCCCUCCUUGGGUUUUCCGUCGUAUUAGGAACCGUUUGUGGCACGUAUUACUCCUUGUACGCGGUGGUUAUUGUUGACUACUUGGGUUUAGACAGACUGAAUGCCGUUUUGGGAUUCAGCUCACUAUUCUCUGGAUCAGCAACAGCAUUGAUUUUUUAUUUUGUUGGUUACCUGCAGGACGUCACAGGGUCAUAUAUAACAUCAUACUACUUACUAGGGGCGUUAACUCUGCUUGGAACUGUGUUUAUGUUUCUUCUUCCAGUUGUUCAAAGAAAAUGUGAUCUCUGAAAUAAUUUGAAUUUGUAAUAAUGUACGCAUUAUUUGAAACUUAUUGUGUUAAAAUACGUCCAUCCCAUAACAUAUAGCAUAUACUCAGAUCUGACAUGAAUUUAAUAAAUGAAGCAAACUGA